GAUAUGCAUCAGGUGGGGUCUUGAUGGAGUCCGGUGUGGGUCAGCUUCACGAAAACCUCAGAAUCAAAUGGUCACCGAACUUAACCGGGAGCUGCCGAGACCCCUCUUGGGGCCUUCGCCUCGCAUCUCUUUCCGUUGACGAGACCUAUACGAAUGCAAAAGCCUUUAUCCACACCGCUUGUCUCCAUUCCAGUAGAUACUGUGGCACUUUACCUUAGGCAACAAACCAACACCAAAAAAUUAGCAAUAGCGAAGAUCAAGAGCGCUUUCCACACGCUUGCUCCUCUGUUCUGCAAAUAUCUCGCAUUUCGCUUUUUAUAUCCCAAUUCACAUUCAAAAUGAGACACAAUUUCAUCGGUAUGGUCGUCAGCGCCGCCCGGCCCAAGACUGUCAAGGUCCGUGUGCCGAAGCGCGUCAUGAACCACCAUGUCCAGAAGGAGCUGCUCGUCCACAAGAACUACCUGGCCCACGACGAGCUCAGCCAAUGCACCAUCGGCGAUGUUGUGCGUAUUGAGCACUGCCGGAAGGUUAGCCGCCACAAGUCGUUCGCUAUUGCCGAGAUCGUGCGGCCGGCCAAGACCUGGACCGAUCCUGAGACCGGCGAGGUUCACCACUAGAAGCCAUUUUGAUCUGUAGCGAAAUACACGACUUGCUAGCCUUUUUUUUAUCGUCAGCCGCUGAGGCUGGUCUGUGAUCACAACUGCUGAUUUGGAUCAGCGACAUGAUUAGCCACCAUGAGUGCGCCUUAUCAAAGCCUGUAUUUUAGCGCGGAACAGGCGCACCUUGGCAGGCAGCCCGUGCCUGUGACUGUUGGCCAAUUCGAAAUUGCACCCUGCUCUCAACUCUUUCAUUCCCAAAUUCCGAAAAAGCGCUUACUCUUUCAUUUCAAUUUUUCGAAUCGGAGAAAAUGUUCGCCCUUGCCGCCA